AUGGAAAACCUCAAACCUCUUCUUCAAAGUGGAACCAUCCGAGAUCUACAAUCGUAUAUGCUUGAACACUUUCCGUAUGUUGUCCUACGAGAUGAUUUAAAAUUAGCAGAUUUAAAGACUUUAGCUAAAAAGUGGAACAAGAUUGGAGACGCCAGUAUGCCUUGGCAUGUUGUCAAACAUGGCCACCAAGGGGGUGAACUGUUCACAGAACCCGAUUUCAAAUUCUACCAAAUCAUCAUGUCAUCCGUAGCAUCUGAGACUCCCUCCAGAUCAAGACCCGUUCGUCACAGACAGCCAGCUAUUCACCCAGGGAUGGUUUCACCGGCUGUCGACUCUCGUCGACGAUUGAGCGUCGAUGAUCAAUCUCAACCUGCGCUGAACAAGACCAAGCGCAAAGACCGAAGCUACGAUCCCAAACCUGAGAAUGAAUCUGAUUCAUCCAUUGUCAGUAUUCAAUGUCAAGGACGGAAGAAGGACCCGAAGGCCACUGGAUAUCAAUCAGAGGCCUCGAUUACUGAACAUCAAGGCAAGAAGAGCAAGAAAGGUACCGGCUCUCAAUCAAAGAGUCAGCGUCGGUCUCAGGCUCGCAAGAAAACUGCAUCUGCAGCUCCAUCUGAUGAUCUCAUCUCAGCUAAUGUGACAAGAGCCAUGCUACGUGCCGAUUCCGACGAGGAGCCAUCCGGUGAUCAACCUUGCAAGCGUCACAAGGCGGACGAGGCAGACGCCAAAGUGGAGCUAGCUCAACUGAGGGCUUACUACGAUACUCCGUUUCAUAGGCAUGAUGAUGAAAUCAACCCACCGGUUGAGGAAGAUGACGCAGGAAACAUCGACAUUGAAGACAAAACUCAAUGGGACAUUGCUGACGCUGAAGAUGAAGUGACACCAGCCGUGGUUUUGGAAGAGGAAGUGGCUCCGACGCACCGUUGA